AUGGCAGCUGCUUCAUUUGCUUCUGUCAGCCAGUUGCAGCACAAAACCCAUGAAAUCAUGGAAAAUGUCUCAGAUAAAUUACAACAUCAAGAAGGAAUUUACAACCAUUUAGAAAUGGGAAGUUCAAACACAGCUACAGGGAAAUUGUUCCACACUCUGCAAAUGGAAAGUGGAAACACAAGCAGUUGUGUUUCAUGUGAGAUGAAGGAACCAGAACAGCAUGUGUCAGCUCCUGUAGUAGCUGCACCUGUAUUUGCAGGUGGUGAAGAUACGGCAGUGGGAUCAAGUCAAAGUAAUGCAUCAUACUAUCAAUCAAUGGUUAAUGAUGUAACAAUGUGGAUGACCAGUACAUUUGGAAAAUUCCUGGAUAGUGAGGAACACUUAACCAGCAAUGAAGAGGCAGCCACGUGUCUGUCUGAUGGUACUGCUGCAUAG